AUGAAAGCGGCAGAGAAGAGGCUAGAGGAGAUGAAAGCGAAAAAGCUAGAGGAGAUGAAAGCAGCAGAGAAGAAGGCACAGGAGAUGAGAGAAGCAAAUGAGAAGGAGGCAGAGGAGAUGAAAGCAGCAGAAGCGAAGGAGGCAGAGGAGAUGAGAGCUGCAGAAAAGAUGAAAGCAGAGGAGGAGAAGAAAGCAAAGGAGAUGAGAGCUGCAAAAGAGAAGAAGGUAAAAGAGAAGAAGGGAGAGGAGAUGCAAGUCGAAGAAAAGAAGAAGGCAGAGGAGAUGAAAGCGCCAGAACAGAAGGCGCACGAGAAAGAGGCAGAGGGGCAAAAAAGCGACGAUCAGGCUGGGGCCACUUUCACGAAGAGAAUGUCAUCGCUUGGAUUGCUCCAACUAGUCCUUGAUGACAUGCCAUGUGUUGUAAAAACACCUCGACAUGCUGCCCCAGCAUAUGUGGAGAAACUGGCCCCUGUGUUGCGGCAAACCAUUCUGGAAGACUUCUUUUCUUGGCAGGAGGCUGGCAGCAAGCUGAAUCUUUCGGAGAAGCAGGCCCGAGACAUCAAUGAGGUCAUGGCCCUGGCAAUUCAACUGAGGGAGGCAUCGCUGAAGCUCGGGGCUGAUUCAAGCCCGGCGUUGAAGAAGUAUGUCAUGGGUCGCAUUCGAGACGUGUGCACGACAAGUUCGCAAGACAUGACAAAGAAGGAUCCGCGCGAGGAGAUUGAAGUUGACAGUGAUCCAGAGAAGCCUCGUGCUCAGGGGGGGACCAUACAAGGCCUGAAACCUGGACUCGACACCAAGCCCUUGCUUGAAGAGCUGCCGGACUUGAUCGAGGGCUUCGCUGACAAAGAUGAGUUUGAAAGGAUUUUGGAG